AUGAGUGAAGAGGUUUCUAUUCAAAUACCUAGUUUUCCACCAUUCACCCUCAGAUCCUCGCUAAUCGACAAGGAUCCUGUAAUUUGGGUGCAUCUUCUUGAAUCAUAUAUCAAGUUAUUCAGCUAUCUAAUUAAUGACAACUUUCAAUAUUUGAGUAUCAAGUCCAAACAACAGUUAUUCCAAUUCUUGAAAAAUUACUUAUUCGAAAUAUACGGGGAGAAGUCUAAGAUUUUCUCCCUUGGAGCCAUAAAUCCUGAUAUAAGAGAGAAUGAAAGAAUUCUAAAAGAAGUGGUGUUCCACUUCAUCAAAACUUAUAGCAUAUUGAAAUUGAAUCUAAUUGGGGAAUCCAUUUGGUAUUUUAUUGGUAUUUAUAUUGAUGGUAACCAAUCGACAGUAAGAGGAUUAGUGGAUGGAUCCUAUAAAUCCAAAUUAAACGAUAAUAAGAAAUCUGGUAAGAUCAGUUCAAUAUCUUCCGUGCAUACUUACUUACAGAAGAAAAUCAUGAAUGGCAACUUCACCUCCGAUGACUUAACCAUAUUAUCUCAAUUGUUGGGUCAGAGUAUCAAUAAGAGUACAACUGUUGAUUUAAAAGGGGGUGAAAUCAAAAAAUCAAUCAACAAGAAGAAGUCUAUCGAAUUUGUUGAAAAGUUCGUUGAUAAAAAUUGGAUCGAAAUUCUCGAAAAACUAUUUGCCAAUGGGAGAGGUAUCCACCAUAAGAUAUCAUCAGAAAUAAUGGUCAUAUCAUUGAUCUCAUUACCUGCUACGCAAAUAAGUAAAUUGUUGAAUGACCUCAAGAUCACCAAAACAUCAUCCAUGAUAUCAUGUCCAUUAUUUACUUCUAUAGUUAUAUCGGAGGAAUUCAAUGAGUUAAUCCCUAUCCAUGAAAAGAUUCCCCAUCUAUUGAACGGAUUGGAGGAUGUGAAGGUUGUGAAACAAGAGGAUAUCGAUACCUUGGUUGGAAUUUUCCCAGAUUUAACCAUAGGUAAAGCUAAAACCAUCCUAAUUGAUAAUGAUUUGAAUGUAGAGAAAGUCACGAAUAUUCUUUUAGAAAACCCAGAAGUGAUCAAAUUCAUUGAAGAAGAACCCGAAGAAUUGAAACAAACAGAAAUACUCAAACCCACUGAGAGUGAAAGUGCCAGAUUCGAUUCAGAAAAAUUAAGUUACACUAAAUUGUCAAAGAAAACUCUAGACACAAAAUCACUCAAAGAGAGAACUUUGGUAGCAGCAUUGAGAAUGAUGCAAGAGUCUGAUGAUGAACCAGAUGAUACUUAUGAUGUUCAAGAUGCAGGGGUAGUGGAAGAGGGAGGUGCUACCACCCCAAUACAAAAGGCAUUUUCAAAUGAAGAAUUAUUCUUGUUCAGCGUAUUCAAAAAAGACGGAAACGAACCAUUCGAAAAGACUAGCAGAAAAUCUAGUCAUAGAACAUUAUUAAAGAAACAGACUAAAUGGAGUGAUGAACAACUCGAAGGAUGGUUCAAACAAUUAUUGAAAUCACCAAGGAGAUAUAAGUUACUUGAAGAAAACUAUUUGUUCGGAGAUGGUAAUCCUAAUAGGACGAGAAAAGAACCGGUAAGUGGUCAAGAAGUAUCUGAUGAGAAUAUAACAACGGCAACGAAGGAAAAAGAACCUAUCAAGAAAGAUAUCAAAAACAAUAAGAAAGAAGAAAAGAAACCCGAAAAGAAAGAAGUCAAGAAGACUCCUCUGAACAAGAAAAACAAUCACAAUAGGAAAUCUGGACAUUCCAAGAAGACAAGAAACGAAUUAAAUGUAAACUAG